AUGCGUCCAAUCCAGGGGCAGCACUACCAGUCCGGGGAAGUGGGAGGAGCCAGUGGUUCACACUCCUACCAGUCCGGGAAGUGGGAGGAGCCAGUGGUUCACUACCAGUCCGGGAAAGGGGGAGGAGCCAGUGGUUCACUACCAGUCCGGGAAACAACUCAGAAGAGCCACGAGACUGAGUCCAGUGCCUCGAUCUCUCUGAGUCUCCUGUUGGGGGAGGACCCAGGACACCUUUCCCAGCAACCGCAGGCCACCAGUUCACAGGACCAGGAGCCACUUGGCUCUCCCAGCCCCUCUGAGAUGGGCUCAGAAUACCUGCUUUUCUUCCACGUUCCUGAGCAGCCCCUGGCUAUGGAGGAGCUGGCUCAGCGGGUUCAACUCUGCCCAGGACACAAAGCUGGCAGGAGCUGCAGAGAGGGUCUGUUCCUCGAGGAGUCAGCGCCACCCAGUGGCUUCUUCCCAUACUACCGCUCUCAGGAAGAGCUGCUCAACUGCACCACCCCUCAAGGCUGCCGGUGUCUGGGCACUAGAGACUGCUUUCCUGGAAGUGGGGCACAGGAUGGCUGCUGCAAGGUGACAUGGGAUGGAUUCCCUUGUGCUUUGGCAGGGCCUGACCUCCUCUCUGGCUUUUCAUCCUCACCAGCCUGCUGCCACUUCUUGGGAGGGUUCAUGCCUGAUGGCGACCAGGAUCUUCCCCUCUCUGGGGACCGUGCUCUUGAUGCUUCAGGAUUUGUACCAUACUACAGAAGCCCUGAAGAGGGGCUUCACACCAGCCCGGUGCCUCCCUCCUCUGUGCUGGGGAGCUCGAGGGAGCGACCCCAACCUGGUGCUGCCAGCCUGUGAGGAUGCAGCAGUGAAAGCCGCAGGGACUUCUGUGAGUGAGCU